AUGGCGGCAGGGCUGCUACUGUUAGUAUCUGCCCUUACUGCAGUUGCUGGGAAAGCCCCACCUGCAGAUCCAUUCAUAGCACCGGUGGAGAUUCCCACACCGCGCAUCUACCCCAAGAAGAACGUCACAUCAGACGACCUGAGCGCUGUCAACAUGACAGCCUUGGCCCCCGCUCAGAGGGCUGCCCUGGCAGCGAAGACCAUCAUCAAGGCCCAGACGAUGGUGGCCAACAUCACAAACCCCCCUCCCACCCCAAAAGUUGUCCUCAGCAACUCCCCAGCCGCUGCCGCCUCCCCCACCCCUGCUGUGGACACCCUGCCUGAAGCAGGGAAGACUGCUGUCUCGGCUCACAUGCGCGUGUCGGGCCCCGGCGUGACCCCGUUCGGCCCCGCCAACCAGCAGAGGCUCAUCAACGUCUUUUCGGACGUGGCGCGCAACUUGACACAGGAGCAGUUCCGGGUCGUCCUGGUCUCUGACGCAUACACCUUCCGCCGCCGCCGCCUCCAGGCGGAUGGCACUCCCCUGUCAAACGUGGCCGACAUCGUGAUGGAGGUGGAUGCUGGCACCGAGGCCAAUGCCCCCGGCGUUGCAGCGCAGAUCUCCAACAUCGUCAGCAACGACACCAUUGCGAUCUCCCUGCAGCAGCACGGCCUGUCGUCCUGGUCGAUCAAGCUGCUCUCGGUGUCCGUCGUGGCGCCGUCCACGGCCGCGGCCAGCCUGCCGUGCCAGAUGCAGUGGGCCCGCUGGUGCCUGGACGGCAGCCCCUUCACGCCGGCGCUCAUCUACAUGAUCAUCGCGUUCGGCGUCGCCCUCAUUCUGCUCACCCUCGUCGCCGCGCUCGUCUACCGGGAGACCGGCGAGCUGGAGUACCCCAAGGAAGAGCAGAGCUUCACGAUUAGGGAGAGGCUUCAAUACUUUGUGACGGGGCACGGCAGAGGCAAGGCGGCGCCUGCCAGCGGCUCAAAGCCCCCCACGCCUGGCGCUCGCUAG